UAUGACCCCAGACUAAUGAUGUUCUUGUUGCUUCAUACCCUCAGGUAAAUUGGCGUGGUUUGCCUCACUUGAAACCUGUCAAGAUCUCAUGGAAAAUAAUGUUACAGAAUUUAUUCUGACAGGACUUUCCCAGAUUGAGGAGGUAGAGCAAGUAUGCUUUUAUCUCUUCCUUCUUUUUUACACAAUCAUCAUCUUUGGGAACUUUCUUAUUAUCAUGACCAUCAGGGUUAGCCCAAAUCUCAACUCUCCCAUGUACUUCUUUCUCAGUUUCUUAUCUUUUGUUGACAUUUGCUACUCUUCUGUCACUGCUCCCAAGUUGAUUGUGGACUUCCAAGUCAAAGUCAAGACUAUCUCCUUUGUAGGUUGCAUGACUCAGCUCUUUGUGGGUCAUUUCUUUGGCUGCACAGAAAUCUUCAUCCUCACAGUAAUGGCCUAUGACAGGUACGUGGCCAUUUGUAAGCCACUACACUAUGCAACCAUUAUGGAUCAAAGGGUCUGUACCAUAUUGAUGGUGAGUUCAUGGGUAGGGGCCUUUACUCAUUCUAUUAUUCAGACCCUUCUCACUGUCCGGUUGCCUUUCUGUGGUCCCAACAUGAUUGAUCAUUUCUGUUGUGAUGUUCAUCCCCUCUUGAAGCUGGCCUGCACAGACACUUAUGUGGUAGGGGUCAUUGUGAUGGCCAACACUGGAAUGAUAUCCUUGACCUGCUUCAUCAUUCUUGUUGGCUCUUAUGCUGUCAUACUUCUCUAUCUCAGGACUCAUUCUGCAGAGGGGAGGCGUAAGGCCCUCUCCACCUGUGCUUCCCAUGUCAUUGUGGUAAUUUUGUUCCUUGUACCCUGCAUCUUCAUCUACAUGCGACCCUCAACCACCUUCACAGAAGAUAAGAUGGUAGCUGUAUUCUAUACCAUCAUAACCCCUAUGUUGAACCCAUUGAUCUAUACUCUGAGGAAUGCAGAAGUGAAGAAUUCCUUGAAAAAGCUAUGGAGCAAGAAACUGAUGGGAGAGGCAAGGAAAGACCUUAAAUGAGUCUUGAAUAUGGGUAUACCAGCUAAUAGAGGGUUGGUAGAAGAGCUUUCUACCAAUUUUCUUUUAAACUUGUCACUCAAAUGACCUAGUAAAGACCACAUCAUUCUUAACACUAAAAUCAGCCCUCUCUUAUUUGUGAUUUCUUUCAUUUUGUCCUUUGUUCAUUUAAACAACAGGUGCCACUGAUAAUGCCUCACUUGGUCCUAUUCAACAAAGAGCCUCUGGUUUUCAUAAGUGCUAUAUUCACACACUACACAUACACAUACACACACACACUGCCCUUUUAGAUCAUGGCUACAUCUAGAGUUUUAAUGUUGAUAUUAACUUAGACUAUCUUUUUAAUUUAGCUAAUAUUUUAU